AUGACGAAAAGCAGCAGCAGCCAUGGCAGUAGGGGUCAUACAGACUCGACAUUGUCAGCGACAUUAAAAGAGCACUUCGUAUCGGAAUAUGAACCGCCAACAGAAAAAACGCCUCCCAACAAGGUAUCUCUUGAGAUCGGUCAAGCUCAAAUUUCACCUGACCAGCUUUAUUCCAUUUUUACAACUUGCCAGAAGAAAUGGAUCAGCAACGUUGCCGCGUUCGGAGCCAUGUUUUCGACAGCGAGCAGCUACAUCUACUUCCCCGCUCUGGUACCGAUGGCGCGAGAUCUGGACGUGUCCGUCUCGCCAAUCAACCUGACCGUCACUUCGUACUUGGUAGUCGCUGGGAUCGCCCCUGCAGUUAUGGGUGACUUUGCUGAUCAGAACGGCAGGAGGUCGGCCUACAUGCUCAUGUUUACUCUGGUGUUUUGCGCCAAUAUCGGCCUCGCCCUGCAAAAUUCAUAUCCGGUGCUGCUUGUGUUUCGUAUGCUGCAGAGUGCCGGGGCUUCUGGCUCGUACGGGGCUUCUGAUGGAAUCAUUACUGAUAUAACUACUACGGCUGAGCGCGGGUCGUAUGUUGGCAGCUUAGUAUUCUUUACCAACGCUGCUCCAUCGUUCGGGCCGGUGAUUGCUGGUGUACUGACCCAGCAGCUGGGCUGGAGGUCCAUAUUCUGGUUUCUCGUCAUUUUGACGGGAAUUUACCUCGCCAUUGUCCUGCUGCUCCUGCCAGAGACACAGCGCAAGAUUGUUGGGAAUGGUAGCAUGCCGACACGGGGCUUGCAUAGGAGUCUUUUUGACGCCUUGAAUAGACACAGCAGACAAGAGGAGAUGGCAGGUAUAGAGAGGAGACCGGCUCCUGUUGCCAAGGAGAAACUUCGGUUCCCCAACCCCUUCAAGUCUCUUACCAUGCUGUUCUCCAAGGGCAACUUUAGCGUCAUAAUGGCCGGGUCCAUCACCUAUACGGUCAAGAUGACGUUACAGUCUUCGUUUGCGGCCCAGUGCAUUGAUGUGUAUGAUUUGGACUACCUGCAGGCAGGGUUGAUAUAUCUACCAUCCGGAAUCGGAGGGGCAGCUGCCUCUUUCAUAACCGGAAAGCUGCUGGACUGGAACAUUACACGAGCUUCAGCCAAACGCGGCCAUGGAGACAAGUAUCGAAAGGCGGACGAUAUAUCGAACUUCCCUAUCGAGAAAGUGCGGCUUCAGGGCAUGUACACACUGAUAGGUCUCAGUGCGGGAAGCACAGCGGCCUACGGGGUUGCAUUGAUGCAGCAAAAGCUGAGUUGGAACCAAACCAUCUCCCUCAAGGCCAGCCGUACAAAGAGCAAAGAGAGGUUCUGA